AUGCAGACGGGAGAGUGGACACGUCUGUCUCGGCAGGAGCUGCACGCAUUGCACAGAGAGGCCAGGCCCGAAACAGAAAACAAAACAAACACAGACAAGAAUGUAAACAAGAACAAAUGCAUAGAUAUAAACGACACAAACAGUGCUAGAAAUAAAGUCAAAACAGAUGCUAUCAGGGAAGAUUCUGAUUCUGAAGAUAUAGAUGACUUUUCCAUGCACAACUUGCAGGGAAUUAGGACGCUCCGGUGUAAACCGGAGCCUGACAUGUUGAGUAACUCAUCAUCAUCUGCGGCAUCAACAGUUGUUCACAAUCCUGAAUUACGUGCUGAUGACAACGAAUUGGAUGCAAUACAGAAUGGGCCUUUGCAAACAUUGGAAACCGAUCCACAGCUUCAUGGGAAAUUGUAUAGGACGCUGCAAUUAGCAGAUGCAGAUGACACCCUUGAUAAUGACGAUACGUUGGGUUUUAAUGAAGACGAUGAUGAUAACGAAAAUGAGAAUGCGAAUGCGAAUGUUCAUAAUAACAACAGCAACCGAAAGUAUGGUAGUGACGUUGGCUAUGGUUACGACGGUGGCAAUGACGAAGACGAGGAUGAUGAUGAUGAUGAUGAUGAUGAUGGUGAUGAUGAUGAUGAUGAUGAUGAUGAGGAAAAAGAUCUAGAAGUUGAUGAUAUAGACUUUUCUCGUUACAUGCAAUCAAAUCUUCCUUCGCCGCCUACAUCUCCGCCUCGAGAACUCGAUCCAGCAAAGCUAUAUGCACUGUACGACUUCAGCGGGCCGGACCCGUCACACCUUGCACUGGCUAAAAAUGAUUCAGUCUUAUUAUUGAACGAUACCGACUCGUAUUGGUGGCUAGUAAGAAGAACAGAUGAUGGGCGAAUAGGAUUUGCACCUGCUGAAAUUUUAGAAACCUAUACAGAAAGACUUGCUAGAUUGAAUUGCUGGAAAAAUGAAGUUUUAGAACGAGGUGGCUACAAAGGAUUGAAGUAUGAUGAUGAGAAAAAAUUGUUCAAAACUGAUUAUCCAAUUGACACUGAGAAGAACCGUUCAAAUACUAGCACAACAUCGAUAACUCAGAAUAUUGAAAGAAAAGGCUCUUUGAAGAAACCAAAAGUUAUUGAAAUGAAUAACGACAGUGGAAGCUACCUUGAUGACACCAUUGGCAACAAUGCCAAAAAAUCUGUGUCGUUUGCCAAUAUCAACGAUACACAAGAGCAUUCCUUUCUUAGUAUACAUGAAGAAUUUGAAGAGGAUGAGAGCGACAGUCAUGUGAAUCACUAUGAUAACUCUUCAUUGAGUCUUUUAAACAACUACAAUAGCAAUCCAAGUAUGGAUGAUUUAGUUGGUAACGAUAAUGACACCGAUGCCAAUGCCUCUGUUAAUAAUAUAGAUAAUGAUGAUUAUGAUGGUAACGAGAACAAUAAACACAAUAAUGACAAAGAAUUGCAUGAUGGCAAUGAGCAAAAUGUGCACAAUGCCAUUCGACAUAAUAGACCAAACUCAUCAGAGGGACCAUGUACAGGUUUGGUAAAUACAGAGACGGAUACCAGACCCCUAAUUGUGCCUAAAAGAAGGAAGAAUAUGUUUAUUAAAAACCUAGACAACUACAGUUACUCCUCUGAGAAUGUUGACAACAUCCACAGUGUCGGUAGCGUAAACAGCAAUAACAGUGCGUGCUCUAAAUCGGAGUCUACGAGACUUGAGAGUAUUAAGAUGCUAGAUGAUUUGUUGGAUAUGUACCCCGAAUUUGUCUCCUUGGAUGAUGGAACAGUCACGCCGCCAACUGCUUCUUCUUCUUCUUCUCCUCAACGAGUAGCUAAACCAAUUACAUGUUCUAAUGAGAUGGAGAUAUUAGUUAAGCAAGGUGAAGACGUUGGUCAUACGGAAGAUGAGAAUGAUUUGCAUCCUCAGACCCGACGUCUUUUUGGGCCGUUGUUCUCAACUAUGAAGGAGUUAGAUGCUCUUUUAGAAGAUAUUGGACCGACAGCUUGA